CCAUACUAGAUAGAUAGAGGGAUAGAAUCAUUUACAAAGCAGGACUCCCCACUCUCUCAGAAUACCGACAGCCUCAGACCUGCCAAUGGCCAUGAGGUACCGCGUCCUCCAGAAAACGUACAAACAGAUGGUGGAGUGUACCAGUCCCUACAUCCAUGGACUGGGGCUGUUCUGCCGGAGAGACAUUGAGGCUGGGGAGAUGGUGAUAGAGUACGCCGGCACCGUCAUUAGGUCCGUCCUCACGGACAAGAGAGAGAAGAUGUAUGAUGCCAGGGGCAUUGGUUGCUACAUGUUCAGGAUAGAUGCAGAUGAUGUAGUGGAUGCUACGAUGUCUGGCAACGAGGCCAGGUUUAUCAACCACUCCUGUGAGCCAAACUGCUAUUCAAAGGUGAUAACAGUGGAUGGACAGAAGAAGAUAAUGAUAUUUGCUCUAAGGAGGUCAGCCACGCACCAGCUCCAUUAUAAUUAUUUUACAAACAAGGCUAGAUUGGCACAUAUGUAUUUGACUUCACGGGUCACUUCCAAUGUUACGUCCAUAAUCAUGUAAUUCCGUGUCAGUGUGUGUGGAGAGAUUUGCACAAUUGAAUGCAGCAUGCAAAGAGUUAACUUAGAAGCUCCUCCCACCACUGUAGGAUCGUACCAGGUGAAGAGCUGACGUAUGACUACAAGUUUCCUCUGGAGGAGGCCAAGAUACCUUGCAACUGUGGCACUAAACGAUGUCGCAAGACCAUGAACUGACCACACCCCCUUCUCAGUGAACUGACCACACCAUCUGACCACGCCCCCUCUUCUAGAACUGACCACACCCCCUCAAUAUGAUGCUUUCUCUCUACUCUUUCCCUCUCUCUCAGUCUUUGAUGCACAAGGUUUGGUGGCUGGUACUAUAUUAUGGCCGUUUUCUCUUCUCACCAAAUUUAUCACCAAAAAAUCUAUUAUCCUUGUGGAAUUUUUGUUACAUUUCACCUUAUAAACCCUUCUGCAAUUUUAUUUCAAAGUGAUAUAUACUAUUGUUUGACCAGUUCAAACCAUUCUCUGAAAAGUGUCUGCCUACACGAGGAGGAAUAUUAUGUUUGCAUGUUAAUGCAUACUAACCGGCC